UCUCUCUCUCUCUCUCUCUCUCUCUCUCUCUCUCCACGAAAUGUAUAUAAAUUAUUUUAUGGAACCGAACAAAGAGUACUGCAAGAAUCGAAUAUGUGUUACAAUGUGAGAUUCUUGCAUUUUUUUAAUUGAGAUUCUGUUGGUUGAGGCAUUAGGGAGAUAAGGUCAAUAAGAGUAUCAUUUGAGAACCUCACUGUUUAGGAACACUUGCGGUGUUUAACCCCCCUACAAAACUCUCACUAUUUACUCGGGAGAAGAAAUUAUUUUAUGCAUAAUUUGGCCCAUUUAGAUCUUAUGUUUAAAACGUAAUACACUGCAUGCCUUAAGAGGUUAUAUUAUUUGUCAUUUGAACCCAAGUUGAGUGGCUUAUACAUACACACAUACACACAAACUAGUAGGAGAUAACAGUUUCAAUUAUAUACAUUGCAUUUAAUGAAAAUAUAAUUUCACAAUAACAUGUAUCUUCUUUGUUUUCUUUUCUCCAAAUACACUUUCUUUCCUCUGUUCUCUCUUAUUUCUUCCCAUCAACAAGACUUCAAAAUAUCUAAUAUCUAGUAUCAUUAUACUAAACUUUUACAAACAAAACAAAUAAUAUUCUUGAUUGUAUACAAUACUAGAACCGUGCAGCAAGAAAGUAGGGGAGGACUUAAAUCAACCCCAAAAUUUAAUACUAAGCCCCAAAAUUUAAUACUAAGCCCACAUAUAAAUUGACCAUUUCGUUUGUUUAUGUGAAUACAUUUUUUGUUUUUGAAUUUGUUGUGAGUUGUUGUCGUGAACAUAAUUUAUUAUCUAUGUUUGCUUGUAGAAAAUCAAUUCUAUUUUACAAGACGAAGGAAACCAAAAAUGAGUGAUAAUCAUAUUGUGGUUGUGGAAUCAUUCGAAGAUAAUCAGGAAACUAUCGUUGCUAAUGAGGAUGUUAUCGAAAAUAAUGAGUGUCAUAGGUUAAACGACGAAUUACUAGGAGAAGACAAUGGCCUUGUCCCUAAAGUUGGAAUGAAGUUCAAUAACAAGAAUGAAGUUUUUGAUUUUUAUAAAAGAUAUGCUUACCAUGUUGGUUUUCCUGUUAAAAGAAGGAAUUCGAAGAAGCGUGAUGAUGGGAUGGUACAAUAUGUUGGAUAUGCUUGUAGUCGAGAAGGUAAAAGAAAUAUUAAACCUAGCACCUCUCUGAACCCUCAACCAACUAUUCAGUUAGGGUGUAAAGCUAGGAUGAUAGCAUGUUCAGAUGUUUUAGGAAUAUGGUGAAUAUGCAUUGUCCAUCUUGACCAUAACCAUUAAACAAGUCCAACCAAAUCUAGGUUAUAUCGAUGCAACAGACAAUUGAGCGAACAUGUGAAGCUGUAGCUUGAUGUGAAUGAUAUAGCUGGAAUUCCAUUACACAAAAGUUAUAAGUCAGCUGUUGUUGAAGCUGGUGGAUAUGAGAACCUCACGUUUGUGGAAAAGGAUUGUAGGAAUUACAUUGACCAGGUAAGGAGGUUAAGAUUUGGGGAAGGAGAUGCUGCUGCUAUUCAAGCUUACUUUUCAAAAAUACAAGCCUUUUGUCCGGGCUUUUACUUUAGUUUGGAUUUGGAUGAAGAGUGCCGAUUAAAGAAUGUCUUCUGGGCUGAUAACAGGUGUCGACAAGCAUAUAAGGAAUUUGGCGAUGUUGUCACAUUUGACACCACAUACCUAACCAAUAGAUACGAAAUGUCGUUUGCUCCAUUUGUUGGUGUAAAUCACCACGGGUAGUCAACACUACUUGGUUGUGGUAUAAUUUCUAAUGAGGACACCAAGACUUUUGUGUGGCUGUUUAGGAGAUGGCUUGAGUGCAUGGAGGAUCAAGCCCCAUAGGAAUAAUCAUAGAUCAAGAUAGGGCCAUGCAAAAUGCUAUUGAGAUAGUUUUCCCUCACACGAAGCGUAGAUGGUGUUUAUGGCAUAUAUUAAAGAAGUUGCCUGAAAAAUUUGGUAACCAUAGCUAUCAGGCUUAUAUUUUUUCAUCCAUACAUGAAGCGAUGUAUGAAUCGCAAGAAGAUUUCGAGCAAGCCUGAAAUUCAAUGAUUAAGAAUUAUAAAUUGCAUGACAAUGAUUGGUUGUCUGGACUUUACAGAGAAAGAGGUCAUUGGGUCCCAUGUUUCUUUAGUUUUUGGGCAGGUAUGUCAACAACGCAAUGAAGUGAGAGUAUGAAUGCAUUAUUUGAUGGAUAUGUACACUCGAAAACCUCAUUAAAGCAAUUUGUUGAACAAUAUAAACGGGUAAUGAGGUGUAAAGUUGAAAAGGAAUUCCAGGCUGACGUGAAAUCAUUUUCUCAGAUGGUCCCAUGUGCAACGAGGUUUUCCAUGGAAAAACAAUUUUAGGAAGUGUAUACAAUCUCAAAAUUCAAGAAGAGUUCACUGGGAGAUGUAUUGUGCGAUUGUGUCUGUCGAAGAGGGAUUGCUAGGUAUGAGGUACAUAGUACGAGAACAAAUUAUAUUUGAGGAAAGAGUGAAGCUAAAAAAAUAUUUCGUUGUUUUUUAUGAAGAGAAAUGUGAUAUCAUUUGCAGUUGUCACAUGUUUGAGUUUAAGGGUAUAAUAUGCAGACAUGCUGUCAUAGUUUUUAUCCAAAAAGGUGUAAGAUCAAUACUUGAGAGGUAUAUUUUACGGCGAUGAAGGAGAGAUGUUAGUAGAUCCUAUACGAGGGUCAAGAUUAAUUAUAACGGUUGGAUUAGUACGGUUAGCCAGUUGAGGUACGAUGAACUGUGUAGUGAGUUUGCCAAGGUAGCAGAUUUGGUAGCAGAUGAUGAAGAACGAACCCGGGCAACUAUGGAAUGGAUCCAAUCUCAAUUGAAUACAUUGAGCAUAUCCAACGUGAAGUCGAGCUGUGGUAGUCAUAUAUAUUCUCGACAUAAUGUGGAAGAAAAAGACCUUAAUUGUGAAGAGGCAGCACCAGCUUCAACUGGCCAAAUAUUUGAUCCGAGAUGCUCACAAACAAAGGGAGCCCCUAGGAAGCUUUGCAAGAAGAGCCCAUUGGAAACAAAUACCAAGAAAACGAAAGUGGGAUCCUCGAAAGCAAGCAAAGGCAAAGCCCCAAAGCAAAACAUUGUUCAAGAUGCUCAAGUAGUCAAUGAAGGUUUUCCACAACAUGCACAGUAUUACACGCUUACACCAUUGACCUACUCACAACAUUUGAUGGCUACCACUCACUAUCAAACUUCGAAUCCUUCUCACGGAGUGCCUAUGAUUGGCAUGGGUCAGCCCUUUAUGCCAAUGUACUUGCCUUACCGACAGCCUGAUGACAACCUACCAGAUUUUUGAGAUGAAGGAACAUAUUUUAAGUUAUUGUAGUAAGAAACUACAUAUUUUUGUUUUGCAUGGUAUUGGAAUAAUUAAUCUUAAUUCUAGUGCCGUUAGUAUGUGCUUGUUAUUUUCUUGAUUUGAUACAUUUAGUUCACUUGAUGCUUAAAUUGUUUACUGUGGUUUUUGGUUUCUUGUUCAGAACAGGAUCAAGGGGUCACGUGACCCAGGUGAGAGACAAAGAGAGAAGCAAGAAGAUUGCGCUCAAGUGUUCAGAACAGGAUCAAGGGGUCACGUGAAGGUUGUACUAAUUUUGUACUGAAGUAAGAAAGUUGUACUAAUUUUGUUAGAAUGUGAAUUGAGCAGUUAUUUGAGUUCAACUUGUGGGUUCUGUAUUUGUUAUAACAUAAUUCAAAUUAAUAUUUUAUGAAAUGUAUUGAGGAUUAUGGCGAAA